UGGAGCAAGUAUAUGACACGCGUAAGGGAAGCUGAAGGACAAGGAGAGUUGACCCUGGAAGCUCUGAAAUCAAGGCCCUACAGUGACGAGACAGGUGGAAAAGGGGGCUUUGCACCGUCUGUUCUUGAUCCUAAGCGCUUGGUCUUUUUGAUACAAGAGAUGACCAAUUGCAAUGGGCUGACGGAAAAGCCUCCAUGGGCAAAGCAGCAGGAGGAGGAGUCGUCAGACGUCUCAUGGUGUGACAGACUCUGGUUUGUUUGCCAUUCAGCGAGCAAAGGGGUCUUUACAAUUUACAUUGUGGUGCUCCUUGUCCGUUGCUGGACUUUCGGAUGGUGUGUUGGUACCGUGUACCUCCCCCUCUUCGCCAUCCUUUAUCCCUGGGUGAUUAUCCUUGUGCUAAUCUUUAUGAUUCUUAUGCGACUGUUUGUGGUGGAAUUGCUGCUGAGAAUUCUGAUCAUUCGUCAGAACAACGAAGGCUGUUUGGAGCGAGUGCAAGCUCUAUGGCGACUUUGUUGCUGUUGCGAUGGGGAAUCGAAGCUGAAAGGCUUGACACCAGAAUUGGAAAUUGAAACUCCUGAUGGCAAGCUGGCCCAAAUGAUGUUGUACCACUGCCCUGGGCAAGAUGCAGCCACAAGUGACUCGAGUGUAGUGGAAGAAGGUUACUACUCUACAAAGUACAGGGAGAAGACUUUGUGUUUAAUGACCCUUGCAAAUGCUAUGGCUUCAACAGGCUUUCUCCCUGGGAAUUUCGAUAGAGCAAUAUGGCCUGGUCUCUUGUACACAACGAUCUUGUCAGAGAAAGCAACAGAAGAAGAGUUAAAAAGAAACUACGAAAAAGAAGUGGAGGUGCUCCGCGCUACGGGUAUCACUCGAGAUGGAUGGUGCUACGUCAUUGUCUAUGCUGCUGUUGGCAAAGUCAUGGUAGACUUCAUGGUUGCGGUUCUGUCGCGUUUCAUGGCUGGAGUUGGAUAUUUUGAUUGUCUUGUUGUGACAUUGACGGAUCGCACCUGGCAGAGUUGGAUUGAGCAGUUGAAUCUCAUGGACACGAUGAACCAGAUUAUACAAUGGGUUAACACUAUUUGGUGAAUGCCUCCAUUGCUGGGUUUGCUGCAGGUUCACGGACACCACGGCGAAGCCGUGAACGAAAUUUAGCCUGCCUGCGCGCCAGCAAGAAUUGUUUGGUUUUCUGAUGGCACUUGGCCUCACUCAUAGGAGCCUCUUCCGGGAGCCUGUUCCGACAAACGUCUGGAAGUGGAUGGUGACCUCGCUGACCUUUGCAGGCCAUAUGCACAGAGAGUUGCUAGAGCACCCGAUGCGAACAGUAGAUCUUACAGAGUGAGUUUUGCAAUUUUAUACAUCUACUUUGAAGCCGCUGGUCACCCUGCUCAGAAGUGCUCAGAGUGAGAGGAAACCAUCCUAAUCCUCGCAAUUUUCAGCCUCAUGGUGUUGCUCAGGAAUGAGCACUUCCAUGUUUUUUUUGCCUCUUCAAAGAAUCCUCGAUUCAA